AUGAAGGUUGACCUCAGCUUCCCUUCCACCCCUUCUGUGUCUGCAGAAGCUAAAGAUCUCAUUAGCCGGCUUCUAGUGAAGGACUCCUCAAAAAGGCUCUCUCUUCAAAAGAUUAUGGAGCACCCUUGGAUAAUUAAGAAUGUUGACCCCACAGAACAACUCUACUACCAAGUUCAUUACGUAGCUUCCAACCUUUCAUCAUCUUUUGGUCGACUGAAGAUUGCUGAUUUUGGAUGGUCUGUACAAUCAAGAGGCAAGAGACACACUAUGUGUGGAACUUUGGACUAUUUAGCACCAGAAAUGGUGGAGAACAAAGCUCAUGACUGUGCGGUUGAUAAUUGGACUUUGGGUAUCCUUUGUUACGAGUUUUUGUAUGGUGUCCCUCCAUUUGAGGCAGAGAGCCAAUCAGAUACAUUCAGAAGGUGA